AUGUACUCACAUCUUGAAGCUGAAGGCACAUCAGUGACUGUUGCCCAUUGUAAAGCACAGAAUUUGCCAGUUGUCGAUCGCAUUCUUGAACAGCAAACCAUUGGGAAUUUCAUUGGAUUUGCGUUUGGUGAGCGCCCCCUACCCAAUGGCAAAGAAUCCAACACCGAGCGCCUGUCCAUGGAGGAGGUGUCCUUCUUCCAACAUGACCAAAAUUUCCCACCGGACUCCGAUGGCGAGCCUAUCAUGACCAGUGUCAUGGCGCGCAUUGGCUCCGACCGAGAUUUCAACCGUCUCUGCAUGGUUGGAAAGAACAUCCAAUCCCUCAAGUCCCGUCUAUGGGAGGGCAUCAUCCCGCUGAGCGAGCAGCUAUGGCAGGAAAAAGGCCUCGACCGGCCCGAACAUUUCGAUUUUGCCUGUCAGCAUCUAUCAGCCGUGAUCGCAGUCUUCCAGUAUUUGAAUGAACCAACGGUGCGAUUAUAUCUUCGCGACACGUUCAAUUACAUCUACGAUCACUGGGCGACGCUCGACACUGUUCUCAACAAGCGCAGAGCGGAGCAGGAGAAAAAGCCCGUUAGUGUCGCGGGGCUCUGGACAAUUUACAUGAGUGCGCAUUUCGAGAUGAUGACUGAGCGCGCCCAUAGAUGGGUUAUGGUGCAUGCCAAUACGCUACGUACUCCAUUGCUCCGAGCCCUUUUGGAAUACCGACCACCGGGGGGAGGAUACCCAGGCAGCGAGCCUGAUGCUGUGCAGUGGAAGAUUAGUGACUCGCUGCACAUGUUGACUGAACUCGUCGCGAAUGCGGAUUUCACCAUCUUGAUCCCCAUGAACGGUUACAAGGGGCACUUUGCGGAUGCCCCGCGGGAGGGUCCGGCAGAACUUCAUGCGGCAAAUCUGCUGACGAGGAGUAAAGCUUACCAUGAACGGUUGAAGCUGCUUACUCGGGAAGCCAUACCCCGUAAUGCGGCUGGGUUAGGGGAAUCAACGCUUUCCUCCGGGCAGAUGUACCAUGCGACAUCCCGGAGCCAGAUUGAGGGCCAGAACAAGUUGAGGAAAGAGGUGCGUGGUGUACCUGUUGAGCCUAUUCCGCGCGAGUCGUGGAUAACUGCAUGUUCUUCGAAGAUGAAUUCUGAAAAGAAAGAGGGAAAGGAGGAAAAGUACGGGUUGGCUGUGUAUCGGUUGACUUAUGGGCAGACGGAGUCCGAAUGGACAGAAUUCGUUCGCAAAGUGGAAGCCCAUGUUUCGGAUUGGGGCAAGGGCCAGACAGGAAGCAGCGCUAUCAAAGAGCAUUUAAAGCUCCACUGGCUAGAUGGGAAGGAAUUGGGUAUUGCAGAGGGCGAUGUUGAUGCAGCUAAACAGUGGGUACACUUCAAAAACAUAGAAAAUGGCAACGACGACUGGUCAAAGCUAGAAGAUGGUGCCUUCCUCGUCGUUGAUUCCGCGUCCUUCGCCUCAUACACCACUGAUUCCUACAGUUCCGCAACAUCCCGACUUACACCUGGUGACUUCACUGGCUUCCUCCUCGCCAUUGACCCAGAAUUCGACCCAGAGAAGGGCAUUAGCCGACCCGACGAGUCACCAGGCUACAGCGGGCAGAUGCGAAUCCUCGGAAGCCUUGUGUGGAGCGAUCUCUAUUCCUUGCUAUCAUCACAGACCUCAGGACUCGAAGACCAUUGGCCAUUAGCAAGCGAGCACCCGAACAUGGUAUAUGUGGGCCCGACAAUCCCAUGGCAGCGAUUUAUCUGGCAGAAACACAGUGAGAUGCGCUGGAAUCUCCUUCGAGCGGUGAUAGACCAUGUAAAGCUCAGCCUGGGAAUGCCAGUAGCGCCACCGCCCCAAGCUAGCUCUACAAUGGCAACUCCAGCAACAGCUGUAUCUUCAGCCGCGCCGCUAACUGACUCUGUACCUUUGCCAACGCCACCCGCAGGGGCAGCACAGGACCCCGUCAAUGCUGCUAUCCGCACAUACAUGCUCACCGAGUUUCAGCGCUACUUGCGCCAUCACGGUCAACCGCGGCGGGCGGCUAUGGUCGAUGAAUUGCUGCGUCUUCAGCCAGGUGAGGAGCCGGAUGGAGCGCGGCUGCGACGGUUGGUGGAUGAUGAAAAUGAGCGGCAGGAGCAGCGGAGGCGAGAUGGAUUGGGUGAGGAUGAGGAGACUUCGAGGGAGUAUCACCCAGAGUGUCCGUUGCAGUAA